UAUAAGAACGUUUCACUGAUUAUGUCAGAGCAAUACCUCUCAUUAGUCCAUGCUGAUAAGCUGUAAACAAGGAAAUAUAGUGGACUGAGACAGCUCUGGAGACGAGCGAUGGCUCCAAUUUUAGCAGAUAGCAGCAAAUCCAAUCUACCAGAAAGGGAGAAUUGUGUAAACAAUGGAUUUGUACAUGUUAAAAAUCCCCAUUUGGACCUCUUGUCGGAGGACAUUCUAUACCACUUUGACUUGGGCACUAGAACGCAUGAUCUCCCCUCUAUGUUUGGGGAUGUGAAGUUUGUCUGUGUUGGUGGAAGUCCAAACAGAAUGAGGGAUUUUGCAAUAUUUAUACACCAGGAGCUGGGACUGGAAGGAGAUGGCAACGACAUAAAAGAUAUUUGUGCUGGCACUGACAGAUACAGCAUGUACAAAGCCGGUCCUGUGCUGUCUAUUAGCCACGGGAUGGGCGUCCCUUCCAUCUCCAUAAUGCUGCAUGAGCUCAUCAAGCUUCUACAUCACGCCAAGUGCCGAGGUGUCACAAUUAUACGCAUCGGGACAUCAGGGGGAAUCGGAAUUGAACCUGGGACUGUUGUGAUCACAGACAUUGCCGUGGAUGCCCUUUUCAGGCCGCAGUUUGAGCAGGUCAUAUUAGAUAAAGUGGUUAUCAGGAACACGGAACUGCACCAGAAACUGGCAGAGAAACUUCUACACUGCAGUAAAGAGAUAAACGACUUUCUUACUAUUAUCGGCCACACUAUGUGCACCUACGACUUUUAUGAAGGUCAGGGGAGAUUGGAUGGGGCACUAUGUUCCUUUUCUAAAGAAGAAAAAUGUGAAUACCUCCAAAAGGCGUAUAAUGCAGGAGUCCGGAACAUAGAGAUGGAGUCUUCAGUGUUUGCUGCCAUGUGUCAUUUAUGUGGCCUUAAAGCUGCAGUAGUCUGCGUGACUCUUCUUGACAGGCUGCAAGGAGAUCAGAUCACACACAGCCACAGCGUUCUGGGAGAGUACCAGAAGCGGCCACAGAAGUUGAUUGCACAGUUCAUCAAGAAAGAACUUCACUUGUGCAUAUAGCUUGCUCCCAGAUCGGUGCUAGAUAACACAGCUAUCUCAUAUACUGUAUAUAGUUCAUAUGUAAAUACUGCAUACUGUGUAUAAUACUCCUACACCGUUCUACUACAGUAGGAGGUUACUGUGAAAUGCAACCACUUUCCCCUAAAUUACAAGGUUGUUUCUAUGAAAGCACUACUACUUUGGACAAUUUUCAAGAAUUUAUUGUCCUUGAAGAUAUCUGAAGUAGUCUGUGCUCUAGACGUGCGUCCCCACAGGAACCACACUUCAGGGUAAAUUUAUUAAGGUGGAAGUUUUUUCAGAACUGGUGAUGUUGCUCAUAGCAACCAAUCAGAUUCUACUUAACAUUUAUCUAACUGCUUCUUGAAGAUAAAAGAUAGAAUCUGAUUGGUUGCUAUGGGCAACAUCACGAGGUCUAAAAAACUUUCCUCCUUAGUAAAUUUACCCCUUCCUGUUCUUUCCAGCGCAUUAAGAUAACCGGUGCCUAUCUAUAGAUCUUUAAAAACAUUCACCUUACAGCCCCCCUCCUUUAUAUAGGGUGGGUUGUAAUAUUCUAUUGUACAAUAAAUAUAUAAUUUACAAUCUGGGGUAAAUUAUAUUCACUUUAUUCAGCCUUUUGUUUUAAGCAAAUUUGAAUUGUUUCAAGUCAACACGUGUAUAAUAUCAAAUUAUUUUAAAUACUAUAACUACAACCAAGUUAUGUUCAUGAGCAGAUUUUUCUUUAACUAAAUUAUCUGUUAUGUAGAGUACUUAAUAACACAGUAUUCACCUAGUGGGAUCAUAGUCCAUAGGUUUUUGGCCAUAGGGAUCACCAGGAAGAUUCCUGGUAGGCCGACGUAUCUGUGGGGCCUGUUUUGUGUGUUGUCACGUUGCCCCACCCCCCACAUGACAGGUAGCCCACAGCACUCUGGGGGUCAUUCCGAGUUGUUCGCUCGUUGCCGAUUUUCGCAAAGGAGCGAUUAAGGCAAAAAUGCGCAUGCGCUAAGUAUUUUAGCACAAAACUUAGUAGAUUUACUCAUGUCCGAAUGAAGAAUUUUCAUUGUUGAAGUGAUCGGAGUGUGAUUGACAGGAAGUGGGUGUUUCUGGGCGGAAACUGACCGUUUUCUGGGAGUGUGCGAAAAAACGCAGGCGUGCCAGAAUAAAACGCAGGAGUGUAUGGAGAAACGGGGGAGUGGCUGGCCAAACGCAGGGCGUGUUUGUGACGUCAAACCAGGAACGAAACGGGCUGAGCUGAUCGCAGUGUAGGAGUAAGUCUCGAGCUACUCAGAAACUGCUAAGAAUUAUUUAUUUGCAAUUCUGCUAAUCUUUUUCGUUCGCAAUUCUGCUAAGCGAAGAUACACUCCCAGAGGGCGGCAGGCUAGCGUGUGCAAUGUUGCUAAAAGCAGCUAACGAGCGAACAACUCGGAAUGAGGGCCUCAGUACACUGCAUUGUCCCCAUUCAUUCUGUUGUUCCAUCUCUGCAGCACAGCAACUCUGCCAUCCAGUGAUGCUGUCGUAGCUACAGGGUAUGUUACACUUCUUGUGCUGCCCAUGUCGGGCCACUUCUACAAAAUGUUACAGGGCCACUUUUAGGCCCUCAUUCCGAGUUGUUCGCUCGCAAGCUGCUUUUAGCAGCUUUACACACGCUAAGCCGCCGCCUACUGGGAGUGAAUCUUAGCUUCUUAAAAUUGCGAACGAAAGAUUCGCAAUAUAGCGAAAAGACAUCUCUGUGCAGUUUCUGAGUAGCUCGAGACUUACUCGGCAUC